AUGUUUGUUUCGAAAGGGGGGUUGGACAGAGGUGUGCGUUGUUUGGUUUGGCUUGCUUCGCCGGGAUCAUCAGCAUAUACCCCACCACCUACCAGACCUUCGCAUCUCCAAGGUUCAAGAAUUCUAGAGUUUUGCCCAAACAUACAUAAGGUGCAUGAGGUAGUAAUUACUGGAGCCCCGGCUAUGACAGUCACAUGA